CUCAUAGUUACCUCCUAGUUAUCCACAUCAAAUUAACAAGAACGCCGUCGGAUGAUCUUUUCUAGGAGCUGACCGCUGUCUGCCUACUAUCAACGCAUAUACGAACUGCCUGCUGACUCUUGCCACGUGCUUACGAGGUUGCUGAGUGGUUUUACGUUGGUUGAGCUCUUAUUGGUCAACGCUGUGGAUGCGUGGAUAUUACGACCAAUGAAAAUUUGCCAUCUGUGUUAGUAGUUUUGACUGAGACUGUGGACACGGAUUGUCAGAUGCCUUGUAGAAUGUGUGUGAGUGUUGUGUGUAUCGCGUGAAUUCAAGUUGCAUAUUUUUAAUGCGGCCGGUAGCAGACAUGGAUCAAGGUGCCAAGAUGUAUUUUUUCUCAGUAUGUUUUCUUUACUUCAUUUCCAGUGCGUUGAGUUUGAAGAAGUCAGAUUGUGAAGUUUGUGUUACAGUAGUUGAAAAGUUCGGCAAUUCAUUGUCCGCCGAUAUAAAAUCAAAUCCAAAGCUAAUUGAAGACGAAUUUCGGAAAUUUUGCAAAACGUCAAAAGCCAAAGAGAACAGAUUUUGCUAUUAUCUGGGUGGUUUGGAAGAAUCUGCUACAGGAAUACUAGGAGAAUUGUCAAAACCCCUAUCAUGGUCCAUGCCGCCUGAAAAAAUCUGUGAAAAGUUGAAGAAAAAGGAUUCACAGAUAUGUGAUUUACAUUAUGAUAAAACAAUUGACUUACGGACUGUUGAUUUGAAAAAACUGAAAGUGCGUGAUUUAAAGAAAAUUCUUAGUGACUGGGAUGAGACCUGUGAAGGUUGUAUUGAGAAGACAGAUUUCAUCAAAAGAAUAGAAGAACUUAAGCCUCAGUAUAUGCAUCAAGAAUUGUAAAAUAUUAAAUUACUCUCUUAAUUGUGAACUCUUAAGCAAUUUAGCCUCGAUCCUGUUUCAAAUGGCAAAGGAUGACAAAAAAUGGAUAAGAAAAAUAUUGUAAUAUACCAGCAAUGUGUGGUGUGAAUUUGUGUGAAUUUGCUCCAGAUUGCGUCAUUGCAUGACUAUUACAGCAGGUGUUAUUUAUUUUACUUCCUUCUCAUUUUAUUUAUUUCAUGUUCAGGAUAAGUAUUCAAAUAUAAUUGUCUGCCCUUUUAUUGUAGUUUUGAGAAAUUGGUGCACCCUUCAUUGUAAUGUAGGCACUUUUGGUGGUUAUUUUUAUAAGCCAUGGUCAGUGGAUGAUGCUGUAAGAUACUAGUUCAGUAGCAACUUGUGAAACUGCAACAUCAAGUAAGAUUAAUGCAGUGCUCAGAGAUUUUUUAUUGUUGCUGAAGUUUUUGUCAGUAUCGAAACCACUCUGGCAGUAUUUAAUGUAACAUUGAUAUACUUAAUUAUGUUUUACAUGCACAGGUUUUCUUGAGCCCUAUUCCUUCUCCUUUACUAACAUUAUUUGAAAUAAGAAUAAAUUACAGCAAUGAUUGACAAAAUGUGGAAAAAAGAAAUAUUCAUUCCUUUCUAAUAGAAUCUAUUUUGCACUAAUAAAUGAGCUACAGAGUUGGUUAUUGAAAUGCCACUCGUCUCUCACAUCAAGGACAUGAGGGUUCAAGAAAACUUGUGCUCCCAUCCCCUCCCCUUAAGCUUUUACUGCUGUAAGCAUUCUUGAGCAACAUGUGAAUAUGAGAAUCAACCCAAAGUUACUGUGUAUUUUUUUCCAAUUGUGGCAUUAAAUGUUAUUUCAAAUAAGUGGAGUGUUUAAGAGUUGUAUGAAUGUUCUGGGAAUCAAUUGAGUGUAAAGUGGUGAGAAAUUGACUAAUUGAAUUAACUCGUGAACUUUUAUAUGGGACGGUCAGAAAGAAUCUCCUGUAAAGGUGAGCAUAAUAUGAAAAUUUAAUUUAAAUGUUAGUACUUGUGAAAUGCAGUAUGAGCCUACAUUGAAGUUGGACUACAGAUUUCAUGUUCAAAUUGUGAAAAGAAUCAAAUGUACAGAUACACCAUUUAUGAAUUGCUUAGUGAAUUUACAAACAGACAAAUGAAGACCAAAGUACUGGAUGUAUUGUUCCUUAAUGGGACAGAAUCUUGUGAAAUGUAUUUAGAUUACUAAAUGCAGAAAGCAUGUAUCUGUGAAUAAAUCUAUUCAACAGGGAGAACGUCUAUUAAUGCACCUGUAAAGAAAACUAAAUUAACUUGUAUUUACGGAAUUACAUUUUUUCUGGCCCUUGUAGCUGUAAGUCCAUUUCCCUUACAAACAUUGUGAGUUCUAGUUUUGAGAUUUUUCUUUGGGAGCCAAUGAACAAAUAGGUGCUAAAAGGGCUUUUGUCUUAUUCUGUUACAAAAAGGUCUGGAUAGUAAACUUCAGUAAGCUUUGAUUCAACUGGAAAUUGCACAAAAAGUCCUGGAACUAUAUUAAACAUUUUCUGAUGUAUAGUUAACAUCCAAUGUUAAAAAUUAGCAAGGGCAUAUUUAGGGUAUUUGUGAAAAUCAUCUAAACCAUUGCAGAAAAUAUCUAUUGGAAGGUGGACUGAAGAUGGUUAGAUGUAAUCACUAAUCAGAGUGACUAUUAGUUUACUUCCAAAAGUAGCCAAGGAAAAAACUUCAUUUGAGUCAUUGUGGGAAUUGUAUAUUCUAAUAGAUACUAGAUGUGUGGAUCUUCGUGUGUAAAUGCCUCUAAGCAAUAAUUCUUUAUUAUACUAACAUCUCAUAUUGGCACUGUUCAGCUUACUGCUUUAAAACUUUUUUAAAUACACAAUUAUAAUUUAAGAAGGUAUGGCAUUUACCUAACUGAUAUUUCUUUCAAAAUCAUAUCACCAAGUGUUAAGAGAGUAAGCCUGGGAUCAAAUCAUUUGAGGUCAGAUAACAAUUAAUUAAUUUCAUUAAAUUUGUUUCUUAGCCAGAGCGUGAUCACAGAAUCUACUUCAAUGUAAAGCAUUUCAUUGAAACAUGAUCAAUAUUCAGUGCUAAAGUCUGGUUUGAGGGAAGAGCUUACUAUCUCUGAAACAUUAAUUUCUUUAAAUCUAAUUUUGAUGUUUCAGUUGUUCAUGAAAGUAUUGUCUUCCCAUAAUUACACUAAUUAUUAAUUGCCUGUAAUAAAUAUGACUACCUUAAAUAAUCACUACAUCUACAAAAUGUAUCUAAGUUUUCCAAAUGUUUAUUUUCAAGUUAUAUUUCUUACACCUUCAUGCAUAAAAUCUCUUGUUUGCAUAAUACUUUCAGUAGGGGUUAUGGUUUAAUGCACAAUGAAUGGUAUGUACCAUUUCGUAAUUGGGAGUGUCUUGGGCAUUAGUGUGAUUUAUACAUUACACUUCACACAAUGAGAACCACCUAUUACUAAACAGUUAACAAGUCAAAAGGGGUUAUGUAAACACUUGAUGAUUAAAAAGGAAAUAUUAAAUUUUUCCCUUUGGUUUUUUGACAGUCAUUUCAUUGGGUUAUACGGUAAAAUAUACUGUCCCAUAUUAUUUAUUGACAGACACUUGAAAUAACUACAUGGUAUGGAUCACACCAAUGAUUGUGGGAAUCAAAACUUCAAUAAAAACCUGGUUCAAUUUUUAUGUUUGCAAGAAAUUGCUUAAGAAUAUGUAUGGACUGUGAUCCAGAUUUUAGUUUAAUCGAAAAGCUUAGAGUGAUUCGGAAUGUGUACCUUUAAAAAUAUUUGCUGAAAUGUCUACUCAUGAUUUUUAAAUACAAUCAAAUCCAUUUCUUGGCAGAAUAUGGUGGAUGGAUACACAAAGAAAAUGUAAAACCCUUUACAAUACUAUUUAUGAAUGUGCUGAAUGAAUUAAUGCCUUUCAGGAAGGUGCACUUGCAAGAGUGAUAAUCAAAAUGACAAAAUAUACAAAUCUGCUGCAGCUAAUAGAGCUUAUUCUUAUCUGCUUGCCACUUUUUUUUAAUAUACAAAGGACACACAAAUGCAUGCCCAAAACAAUUAGGGAAAACCAGAUGGAUUACCCUUACCCAUGAAGAAACUAUUAAGGAAGACAAAAUGUUUUGAACUUAUUAUGAUGAUUGAUGUGCUCGAAAUAAAUAAACUUAUUUGCAUUUAAUGUAGAUGAUGUAGGCUUCCGCGGCCAGUCAUGAUCUGGGCGGUCCGGGAGAUUAUUUAAUGUAAUGUUUUUUCUCAAUAAUAUUUCAUUUUGUAUAUCAGUAUUAUUCAAACUGUGAGGUGUGCCUUCCAAUGAGUUGUGAAAGUUUCCGAAGGGAGGUGCAAGAACUUUAUAAUAAUUAAUAAAAUAGUGCUCUAACGCUUAAGAAUGCUCUAAUAAUUUAUGAAUUUCACACCAUGAGAAGAAUAAUAACUUCCUGAUCUUUCAUCAAACAACACACUAAAGAUAAAAUAAAACUGCAAACAUUAUCCAAAUUUUGGUGCUCUGUGAGGAAUGAGUAUCCAGAGCUAAGUCAGAAGGCCUUGUGUUCUGACUCUUUUUGCCACUUCCCGAGUGAAACAGAAUUUUCAAUCAAGAAUAAAUCUCUAGAAUGAGAUGAAUAUUACUAUUU